AUGAGACACCAGCAGAGCCUCACCAUGAGACACCAGCACAGCCGCACCAUGAGACACCAGCACGGAUUCACCAUGAGACACCAGCAGAGCCUCACCAUGAGACACCAGCACAGCCUCACUAUGAGACACCAGCAUGGAAUCGCCAUGAGACACCAGCAGAGCCUCACCAUGAGACACCAGCACAGCCUCACCAUGAGACACCAGCACAGCCUCGCCAGGAGAUACCAGCACAGCCACACCAUGAGACACCAGCAGAGCCUCACCAUGAGACACCAGCAGAGCCUCACCAUGAGACAAAAGCACGGAUUCACCAUGAGACACCAGCACAGCCUCACCAUGAGACACCAGCAGAGCCUCACCAUGAGACACCAGCACAGCCGCACCAUCAGACACCAGCACAGCGUCACCAUCAGACACCAGCACAGCCUCACCAUGAGACACCGGCACGGAUUCACCAUGAGACACCAGAACAGCCUCACCAUGAGACACCAGCACAGCCUCACCAUGAGACACCAGCACAGAUUCACCAUGAGACACCAGCACAGCCUCACCAUGAGACACCAGCACAGCCUCACCAUGAGACACCAGCACAGCCUCACCAUGAGACACCAGCACAGCCUCACCAUGAGACACCAGCACGGAUUCACCAUGAGACACCAGCAGACCCUCACCAUGAGACACCAGCACGGAUUCACCAUGAGACACCAGCACAGCCGCACCAUGAGACACCAGCACGGAUUCACCAUGAGACACCAGCUGAGCCUCACCAUGAGACACCAGCACGGAUUCACCAUGAGACACCAGCAGAGCCUCACCAUGAGACACCAGCACAGAUUCACCAUGAGACACCAGCACAGCCGCACCAUGAGACACCAGCAGAGCCUCACCAUGAGACACCAGCACGGAUUCACCAUGAGACACCAGCUGAGCCUCACCAUGAGACACCAGCACGGAUUCACCUUGAGACACCAGCACAGCCUCCCCAUGAAACACCAGCAUGGAUUCACCAUGAGACACCAGCACAGCCUCACCAUGAGACACCAGCAGAGCCUCACCAUGAGACACCAGCACGUCCUCACCAUGAGACACCAGCACAGCCGCACCAUGAGACACCAGAACAGCCUCACCAUGAGACACCAGCACAGCCUCACCAUGAGACACUAG